AACAGUCUUUUCUAUAUAGCUCCGAGACACGUGAACAUUUGUGUUUUGUAGUGUUCUUAAACAGGAUUUUUUAAAUUUACAGCAAUUAAUUGGAUUAACAAUAGUGAUUUCUCACCAUGUGUGGUGGAAAAGUGGCGAUUCCGCCGAUUGUCAAGGAAAAAAGAAGAAAUUCCGAGAAACGCAAAGAGAAAUCCCGAGAUGCCGCUCGAUGCCGGCGCAGCAAGGAAUCGGAAAUUUUCUCGGAUCUGUCGGCGCAGCUGCCCCUCGCCCAAGGGGUUGCCUCGACCCUCGACAAGACCUCCGUCAUGAGACUCACCGUCGGAUACCUCAAAAUCAGACAGAUGAUUCAACUCUUGAUUCCUUCCAAAAAAGAGGAGCUCUCCACAAUAGAUUCUUUCUCAUCCUCUCAUCUUGAUGGAUUUAUCUUGGUUUUGUCAGAAGAAGGAGAUGUUAUUUAUUUAUCAGAAAAUGUUGAGCAGUUUAUUGGCAUUUCACAGGUUGAAAUGCUGGGGCAGAGUGUGUAUGAAUUUUCUCAUCCAUGUGACCAUGAUGAAAUCAAGACCAUUCUCACUGCUAAAGUGCCUUUGAAAGAAGAUGGCUCUACUCCAGAAGGAGAUUACUUCUCCAUUUUUGUUCGUAUGAAAUCAACAAUCAAAACGAGAGGAAGAGCUGUCAAUCUCAAAUCAGCCACAUAUCAAGUAAUUCAUUACAUUGGUCACAAAUUGGGUAAACCUGAUUGGCUAGAUGCUGAUAAAUGCCCAGCCUUUGUUGUGUUGAUCAUUGGGCAACCCAUUCCACAUCCAGCUCAUAUUGAUGUGCCUUUAGACAAAGACAUCUUCAUCAGCAGACAUAGUCCAGACAUGAAGUUUACAUAUAUUGAUGAAAAAGUAACUGAUUUUCUGGGAUACAAAAGUUCUGAGCUUAUGGGAAAAUCUGUAUACUCCUUUUAUCAUGCCUUAGACAUAAAAUCCUUGCUCUCAUCAUUCAAGACAUUAUUUGCUAAAGGACAAGUCGAAACUACCUAUUAUCGUUUUCUUGCAAAAAAUGGGGGCCAUGCGUGGCUGCUGACUCAAGCAACUCUGAUCUAUGAAAACGGUUGCACCAAACCAGAAUGUGUAGUUUGUCUUAAUUACGUACUAAGCAAAAUUGAGAACCAGGAUGACAUCGUGAGUGAGGAGCAAGAAGUUGCUGCAAAAGUUUCUUGCUCGGAAGAGACUAAACCAGGUGCUGUUUCCCUCUCCACCACCUGUGCCAUCUUCACCCCCAAAGAACCAGUUAUGAGCAAAGAUUUUCUCAAUUUUCCUGAUACAGACAUUCUCUUAUUUCAAGAGCCCCUCAAAGAUUCCAAGCUGCAGCUGGAACUUGGUCUAUUUCCAGAUGACCCGUGCAGCAUAGAGAGUGGCAUUUGCGAUGACCCCUUUUCAUACAGGGAUGACUCCUUGUCAUCUCCCAGCUACUGUGGAACACCAGAGUCCUCACUUCAUCUGCGUGGCAGCAAUAGUACCUCUCCCAACACACCUGAUUCUGGCAGUCUGUCAGACAUACCGAGCUUAGAUCCCAUUGAUGAAUUUUCCAAUUUGGACCUCAAGUUCACCAUGCCUCCCUCCGACAAAGAUUCAGAUUGCUAUGAGGAGGAUUUAGACUUCAGGGCUCCAUUCAUUCCCAUGCAAAUGGAUGAUGACUUUCCUCUGAUCAGCCCUUCCAGCUCUGUUAUGUGGGGACCCCAGGAACCUCUGUCCAAAAAACCCUCUCAGGACAGAUUAUCUGAGCCUGAACCACAACGAACUGUGCACAAGCAAAGUAAUCUACCUGAAAGUUCUCUCAAGUCCAGUCUAGCUGCCUUGCUACAGUCUGACCUGAAAAAGACCCUUCCCAACAAACAAGACAAAAGCAAUGGCAUGCACCGGAAAGAAACCACACUCCAAAAGAGGUGGCCUCACAACUCUAUGGACAAUAACAAUAGAAACAACUCUUUGAAGCAGCGAAAUUUCACUCCUUCAAAAGGUUACAACGGGGGCCAUGGAAACGGAGGUCAAAUAAUCAUGCUUGAAAGCAUACCCAUCAAAAAGCAGCCUGUCAAAUCCACUGCCUCUCAACGACGAAAUGGGCAAGCUGCUUCCAAUGACCGGCGGUCAAACUCACCUCCUUUUGGAUCGCACACAGCCACAGUUAAAGUACAUGAUCGACUGAUUAAGGUGCAGGUUUCUGUAUCAGAAUUACCGACGACACCUAUCGAGCACAAACAGCCCUUUCCCUCUCCUCCUGAUCCACCACCAAAGCGUUCCAGUCCAUCCCGCCCUGGAUCCACAGAAAGUCCCAAACGACUCAAAUUGGACAAUGGCUUCUCAGGUUCUCAGAGUAUUCCAGAAGACAGUGUUCUCAAAAAUCUCCUCGUCUUGGGAGAAGAUGCCAGUCGUGGCUACCUAAAUUCCGGCAGCAAUCGAUAUUCUGAAAAUAAGUACGAGCCUGCCGUGCUCUCCUUGCCAUCGAGUGAGUGUGACAAGUCCAACUUGGACUCUGGACUGCUUACAUGUGGGAACGAGCUUCUGGACUCUUUUUUGAAGGAAAUGCAGUACGAUCCUGAGCAGGGCGAUGACCUGCUCUCGAUGCUCGACCAGCCCCUCCUGAGGAACGUGCCCACACUUGUCUGAGUCCCUCACACCGUGCCUGCUGGAGGAGGAUUCCAUUUAUAUAUGUCUGUACAUUCAAGAGCCGAUCAUAUGGACUGUCUCCAUGUCAAAACUAUCGUGCCUACUUGGAUCAAAAGGCUUGCUUCUGUUUGUUGUUCUUUUUUUAAAAAAAACCCUCUUCCCUUCCGCAAGGGCUGAAUUAGAUUUUUAGUCACCUGCAAAUUCCUCCUGGGAAUCGGAUCUAGCAGAAGAGGAUUGAUACACAAGACCAUUCCAUGUUUUAUUCGAUAGUCUGCUUUUAAUUCGAUGUAAAGUUCAGGCGGAAUGAAUUGGUUUGGACUGAUGUUGAUCGGGUGUCGGUGGGCGAAUAAUCCGGCUUGACUGAUGUCAGACUUCACAAUUGGCAUCUGUAUUCACUUUUCUGUGAUUCGUUAGAUUUUAUUCUGUGAUUCUAAAUUUAAUAUUUUAAGUAAAUGGUUAUUUGACAUGCAUUGGGAAUGUGUGUAUACUUAAUGAUUGUAUUAUUUUUUAAAAUCCGUAUAACAACUGAGUUGUUUUUAAUAAUUUUAAGAUGAAUUUAUUAUCCUCUUGAAUUCAGUUGAUGUGUAAAGCAUUUAUGUUAUGUUGGUUCAAACAGUUUUUUUUUUUUUUUUAUGUUGCGAAAAUAUAAAAUUUCUUUAAUUACAGAAAUAAAAUAAGACACUUAAAGAGAUGAUUAAUUUGAUAAUUUCGAAGAAUAAAUCUUUAUUCAAUAAAUAAUUAAGUUGCAUUUAAUCUACACAAUAUUGUAUGAUAAAAGGAAUCAGAGUUAUUUGUAGUAGUAAAGAUUAUUUGGUUUUCAACAAAAUACCAAACGAAUUUCUUUCGAGAUGUGUUUUUUUUUUUUUUUUGUUUGUUUCUAAAAGUCUAAUUCAGCUGUGCUCCAUUGUAUUGUUCAUAACUUUCCAUCUUUGUCAUAUCCAGUCAUGAUUUUCUAUGUUUUGCUUCAAAUAAUAUUUAGUACCAUGACCAUUUCUUUAUUUUUCUAUCUUUCGCAAGAAGGGUGACAUGCAUUAGAGUAAUUAUUUUUUAGUCAAUGUGUAAACCAUUUGCAUGUUUUUCAUCUCUGUACCAAUAAGAAAAGAGGAAUGUUUGACUCGAAGGUGUAUUUAUUAUACAUGUACACAGUGCUCUCUGCAUAAUCAUUUGUAGAUUCAAGUUUUAUUUUUUAGAAAGCAGGUUCCUUUGUACCAGAAUUAUUUUUCUCUCUACUAGAGUUCUCAAUUUAGAAAGGCGAGUUUCCAGUCAUUGCAUCCAAAGAAGGAAUAGAAUUAGGUAUUUAAAUAGUUCCAAAAUGUAGGUUGAGACUGUUAGAAACAUAAAUACCAUGAAAUUUGAACUCAAAUUUUAAGAGUAAUUGUACUCAAAAUAUCCUCCAUAGAAAGAAGAAGAAGAAAAAAAAAAGUGCUUGUUUAUUAUUACGGUUGCAGAUUUACUUGGCGAUUUUCAGAUUACACCAAGAUAAUGGGUUUACUUGGCGAUUUUCAGAUAACAUCAAUAUAAUGAAUUUACUUAGCGAUUUUCAUUACUAAGCUCCAUUCUACAUCAGACGAUAGAUUUCACCAAGAUGAUUACCCCAAGAUCGCCAAGCUCCAUAAGAUGGUAAGACAGCUGCAUUCACGGGUUUACUUAGUGAAUUUUUGAUCAUGCCAAAAUUGCUAAGUUGGCGACGUUUACAUUUUUCGUGGUUUAUCGAGGGGAUCUUAAGAAUAAACAAGUACCAAAAGGAGUUGUGAGAAUUAAGUUAUAAGAAGAAAGUACAUGAAAGCAUAACUUGAAACUCGCCUGCUAUAUAUAUAUAUAUUUAUAUCAGCUUGUGUGUAUAGAUAUAUAUAUUCAUAUAUGCUUAAAUAUAUAUAUUUAUAUACACUCAUGAAUGAUAAGAGUUUCUUUAUAUAUCAGUGUCUAUUCUUUGGGUAGUAUCUUCAUCAUCCAGUAACACCCAAUGCUAAGACAUUCAAACUAUAUUGUACAGUUGUGAUAAUUUCAAUUAUAGUCAAAUGGUUUAUAUGUUCAAUGUCUGUUGAUCUGUCAGCUAUCUUUACCACCAUUUCAAUUUGACUGUUUCAAUUCUAUCUGUUAUUGGUGUAAAGAAACUUUUCCUCGAUGUGCUCUUAAAGUGUUUAACUGUGGCAAUGGCGUCUUAUGUUUCGAGUUUUCAUUUCUCACUUAAUGCGAAACUGUAGUAGCAAGCGGUUUUUAUUCUUUUGGAAGUAGGAUAGUGUAAAAACAACAACAAAAAUUAAAUUGAAUACUUCAAGAAAAUAUAGGUUGAAAAAAUCUUAGAUGUAAAGUUUCAUUCAUUUGCUUUGGUGUUAUACCCAUAAUUUGACUUUUCAGAAAUUAAUUGUAAAUUUUGGAAUACAAUUAUCAAUCACAUUCACGGAUUAAAGCUUUUCAUUACUGGUUAUUGCAGUGUCUUUAUGAUAUCUGUUCGAUAAUAGUAAAUCUACAUAAAAUAAUAAGUAUUAAUAAGUAAAAUUUGUAAAUAAAAUUAAUUUGUAACAGCUGUAAAGAACUUUAAUGGAAUUUAUUUUUAAUUAGUGUGUAUGGCCUCUUCUCUUAACUGUGUGAAUUAAAUAGUUCUAAAAAGAAAUGUUUUUUAAAUAUUUAACAAAUAUGAUUAAAAUCUAUUUUGUAAAGUUAAUAUAACAGAGAUAUAUAAAACUUCACCAGGAAAUGUAAUAAAUUCAAAGUAAAAAAAAAAAAAGCAAUAAAUAUUAGAAUAAGUUGGAAAAAAUUCUGUAUUUAUUUGCUGUACUUAUUUUCUCCCCUUUUCAAGCUAAAUUGUACUGAAGUACACUAUUCUUGAGACAUUAGAUUUAAAUAUCUUGUUAAUUUUAGUAAAUAACUCUAAUUGCUUCAAUUUUAAUUUUAUUUCAAUUAUUAGUUCCUCAACCAUUUUUUUUUUUUUUUUUUUUUUUUUGGUUAAGCUCAAACAAACAAUUACUUUUAAUAUCAGUGCACACAACGAAAAUCAUACCAUCCAUGAUAAAUAUGAAAUAUUAUAUUUAAAAAUUCAUAUAAAAAAAGCUUUAAAUAAACCCUCCAAACCGUUUUUUAUGGUGCUGCUGUGCUUAGAACCCUUUCAGAAGCAGCUGUCAUUUUCAGGUAUUCUGAGCUAAAAAAAAUCAACUAUUGUGAAAAUAGAUUUAUCUGUGGUCACAUAAAUUAAAGCAAAUUAUGACAGAUAUCCCAAAUAGUUUUCAAAAGUCAGAGUUUCAAUUUGAAUUUCAUUUCUAAAAUUAGCUCAUAAAAUUUCAGAAAACAUAAAUAUGUAUUUUACUUAAGUUCAUCACAUAAUGAUUUAGUUCUUGAGUUGAGAAUAAAGAGGAUUUUUUUUUUUUUUUUUUAUUCUCAACUCCUGCGCAUCAUUUGCUAUUCUCUCUGUACCUCAUUUCAUGCUUCAAAUAACCUCUGUUUUCUCCAUACAACAGAAGUGCCUGGUUAAUUUAUGGUAUUCAAAUACAAACUAUGUUUAUAUGUAUGACUAUAAUAAAUAUCUAAUUCUAUGAUAUAAU